AUGUCUAGCUAUGCCAGGUUGAUGGGAAGGGUACAUCCUUUUAGGAUAACACAUUUUGCCCUUUAAUCUCAGCCAUUGGAGCGGUUGUUUAGGUUUAAGUCAUUAUUGAAAAAGCUCCGGUAACUACCUGCUUGCUAAUACUCAAGUCGGUCUUACUUCCCAGAGGUGCAUUGCGAGCCCAUAGAAAUGAACAAGCAGGAUAUGGCUGAUGAGGCUCUCUUCUUGCUCCUGCACAAUGAGAUAGUGUCCUGUGUGUACAAGUCAGGCGAGCAGGGAGAUGUGGAAAAUGGACGGUGCAUCACCAAACUGGAAAACAUGGGAUUUAGAGUAGGGCAGGGCCUUAUAGAAAGAUUCACUAAAGAUACCGCCAGGUUCAAAGAUGAACUGGAUAUAAUGAAAUUUGUCUGCAAGGAUUUCUGGACAACCGUAUUCAAGAAGCAAAUAGACAACCUUCGGACCAAUCAUCAGGGUAUUUAUGUACUUCAAGACAACAAAUUCCGCCUCAUAACACAGAUGUCUGCAGGAAAGCAGUAUUUGGAACAAGCACCUAAGUAUUUAGCUUUCACAUGUGGAUUAAUCAGAGGAGGGUUAUCUAAUUUAGGAAUAAAAAGUAUUGUGACCGCAGAAGUCUCUGUAAUGCCAGCAUGUAAAUUCCAAGUGAUGAUACAAAAGCUAUAAAAUGCACUCGAGUGCCUGCAUCCAGCUUUGCAGAAGAUUCAUUUUCAUAAACCCAUGGACUGUACAGAUCACUACACAAUGAGCAUUUUAAAGCAAUACUGCGCUCAUUAAGCAGCAGCUGGUUCACCAAUUAUCCACAUUUAUUUGCUUGAGUCAUACUGGUAAACACAUUUUGACUUUGCCAUUUUAUGAGGGAAUCUGUGUCACUUGGACAUUUGGGUUAUUUUAUUGUGCUGAUAAAUUCAUGUGUCCAGAACAGAAGAAAAGACAUGCACAGGCAAAACAUUACCUUAAAGUAUAAUAAAACUGACAUAAAUAUAGUGGCUUAUAAAUAUAUUGUUAAAGACGUGAUGGCCAACUUCCUUACGCAUGGGUGCCACAGAUUCAUAUUGUAGAAGCCACAUAUAAAAUGUAUGGCUAUGAUAAACACAAAUAAUAAUUUAUGUUCACGUUUUUUGUUCCUGGGGCCAUAACAAAUUGUGCAGAAUGACACCAGUUGGUCAUCCUUAAAACAGAUUGAACUGCUCUUCAUCUUUUGAAGAAAAACAUGCAGCCUGGGAACCGAAUGAUCUCUAAACUGGAUCACUUCCUGAAAAAUAACUGACAAUUGUUUGAACCUUUGCAGCUUGAAACGGACUUAUGGUUUAUUUAAACCAAUUGUGUAAAUCUAUUAAUGUAUCUGCAAAAAUGUAAUUGACGGUGGAAAAAUGCUGAUAACUCUCAUCAUGCACACAAAAUGGAAGUUCUAUGAAAUUGUAUAUAAUCACAGAGUAGGUUUUUGCAACAAAUCCGCACAAGAAUAAACCACAAAAAUAUAUAAUUGAAGAUAAACAAUCCAUUUCUUAAUAGUCUAAUCAGUCCAGUUUUUUUACAUUCUAUUAGGGAUGUGCAUUCUCGAGUUUCGUUAUAAAACAAAUGCUGAAUAUGACCACUGCCAGCAGCAUUCAGAUCUUUACUGAGACGGAUUUCUUUUUGCGAAAGUGCAACACAAAAAGAUCUGUGCAAAUCCAGUGUUUCACUUUCACAAGAAGAAAUCUUGCUCUGAAAAGAGCUGAAUGCUGCUGUUGGUGGCGGACAUAGUUGGCAUUUGCUUUAUAACGAAACUCCAGAAUGCACAUCCCUACAUGAUAUGAUAAUAUAUAGUUCAAGAUACACAAUAUUUAAAACUAUAUUUUAAAUGUUAUAUUAUGGAUUCCUUAACAAUUUGCAGUAAAUACUCGUCCAAGCAAAGUUAGAAGCAGCACUAAAUAAUCCAUUAUAACAAUUGGAAUUGGCUUCUCCGUAUAAAUGUGGGAAUGCUAUUUUGUGCUGCCUAAAUCAAAAUCUUGAUCAAUUAUGGAGCACUUGAGCUGUGGACUGCAAGGGCAACAAUCACAAUUUAACUUGUCAUAUUUUUCAUGUAAAAAUAUAUAUAUAUAAAGCACUUUUUUUUAUAAAUUAUUUAUAAGAAAAAAGGAAAUUGAAUGUAACUAAUCCUAUCAAAUGAAUAUACAAUGAAGAGAAUCUGCAUGUACGCUAAAGGGACAUUAUGAAUUUUUUUUAUAUAAAUUUCACUAUUGGGAUAUGUACAUAAUUUUAAAGAUUUUUAAAUACUGUGUAGGCAUCCCAGUACCUAUGGAAGUAUGCUGCUUCCUCUCCCAGGCAUAAGGGCACUCCUGAGGCCUAUAGUCCACACCUAUAGUCUGGGGGAUAAAAAAAAAGGCAUUGUCAUUUAAACUUGCACAUUGUUGUUUUUACAUUAUUGUGUAUUUGGAAGCAAACAUCUGAAUUUAAAGUCAUUUUAAGUAUAAAACAGUUUGAAUGUCUUAGAAUGCUAAUGCAACACCAUUGAAUUGGGAUUGUCGGCACCUCAGCAACUCAGGGGGAUAGUCGGCACCUCAGCUUGUUAGGGAAACCUACCUGUGUCCACAUAGGGUCUUAUGAUCAAAAACUCACCUGCAUGGAGAGAAAUCACACACAAGCUUUUGGGGUUAUUUAUUGAGCAUUAUAUUGUAAUAUAUGUUUGUCUUCAUUACAUCUAAAUCCCUGCAUAACUAGAUUAAUAGCUAUCAAGGUAAAAAUGUGCCUUUCUGAAAUUCUUUUGAGGACCCUUGCAGUACUGAUGAGACUUGUUAGAUAAUCUCGCUAGAGUGGAGCGCUUUAGAUAAUCUGUCCCAUAAAGAGAUCAUGAAGUCCUGACCUUUUGUGUUGUUCUGUAGGACAGAAUUGAGAAAUCCUGGCUUACUACCCUAUCAGUUUUGCUCAUUUAAUAUCAUUGUACUGUUUUGCCAAAGAACAAAAUGAACAUUAAUCUUUUUAGCAAUUUUAGCCAUCGUUUUAACAUUUUGUAAUGUUUUAACGAUUUGUACAAAUGUUAACAGUUGUUCUCUGUAUAUUCUAGAAAUGUAUGAUUUAUUCAAAAUUAAUAUAUUAACAAUGUGUAGAACUGCACAAUUUAUUUUAAUACAUUAGCAUAACAUUACGUAUAGUUCAUUCCUUAGGAUUAACUUUAUUGGUUUAAGCUUUGUAGAGCAACUGAGUGUCGCUUCCAUAACUAAUCCUCUUUAUUUUUAUAGAUGCAAUCUUCAUUUAAUUCUUUAACCAUCUCGAGGCUUAUGUUUCACCUCAUUUGAAUUAGUGGUCUCUUCACAUUAGAUACCCAUAUUAGGGGAAUAAUAGAUACAUUUCCUUUUUUCCCAAGAAUUGAUGGCAGGUUCAGUGCCCUCUUUUUUAUUUUUUUUUAACCUUGUGCACAUUGACCAGCUGAUAUGUAGAGGGCUAUGAGACUUCUUAUUGGAAAGUGGUUGUGCUUCAGUAAUAAACAUAUAUGGGUAGAGUUACCUGAGGUUCAGACAGAUGGGUGGGUAUAGAUACAUGCUCAAGCCAAGAGGAGCUUUUGCCACCUCUUUCCUUCCCUGUGGAAACUCAUAAUCUCUUCCAUUAGCAUGUGAACCAUUUAAGUAUUGCAAAUUGUGUUUGGUAGUCUUGACAAGAGGUUUUUGUGGCACUUCAUGUGGCCCUUGUAGGUGGCUACUCAUGGGGCUUGUACCUUGUGUCUCUGUACCCAUAUAUGUUUAUUACUGAAAAGAGGUGGCUUGUGUUGAUCUAUUAAAGUUGGGCAUUAUGUAUUUUCCAUAGUCAAUUUGCAAACAGUUGUUUGUAUCUUCCAUCAAGGUUUGAGGACACACGGUGAAGGGAAUUAAUUUAAGUUUUUGUCCUACCUUUUAUGGAACUUUCUCUCUUAUGCUGCACAAUACAAGACCAUUCCACAUAGCCAAAACUAUCAUGUUCCUUAUAGACCUGACAUAACUGCUUAUUAGUUGAUGUGCAAUUUUCUAAUGUGCUAAUACUGACAAACAUUCUGUAGAAAAAGUUUAGUUUAUCUUCUAAAAACAUUGUCAGAUCAUUCAAAGUUCAGAUGAAAUGAGUGAUGCUCUUACCAUUAUCAAAAUACCUAUAACAUUAGUGCAGAUAAUAUAAUUUAUUUAAUAAUCUAGUGUUGUGCCACUUUUUGUGUGUAUAAUUAACAGUUUAUGCAUAAAAGGCUUGCCCAACCUUGAGCCCAGGGGCCACGAAGCUUCUAAUUUAAGUAAUUCUAAUUUUUAAAACAUUGAUCUUAAAAUAAUAUUUAACUUUUUAGCAGCAAUUGUGAUGGAAACUGGGGGGACAUCCAAUAUUUUUGUGUGUGCAUUUGAGUUUGUACAAUAAUUUUGGAUAAUUGUUCCAAAUGUCCUGCAGAUAGUGGCACUUGUUUAAUAUAUAUAACAUAUGUCUAGAAUACUGCUUUUUUUUCCGUUGAAGGAACUUUGGAGCCAUAAAUAAUUAAAAUCCUUUAAGCUAUCUAUACAUUCAAUUAAUAUUUCCAAAAUUUGUUCACAGCUCCUGAAAAUAAAAACAAAAUGAAAUGUGGCCCAUCACUAUAAAAGUUCGGACACUCCUGGACUAUAUAAAUCACUUGGAAAUGUUUUGCAAAAUAUGAGAUCAGUGGAUUGUAAUUUGCACCUUUAAAUAAUUACAUCAUUUGUGUUUUUUUAUUGUGACAGUAUUAUAUUGUUCAUUUGUCUUCUCAAUGUAUAUUAAAAUUACACUUAUGAAAUGA